CCGGGUGCAAGGUUUUUUGUGAGGCGGCCAUGAAGAAAGAGAUAGAUGGCAACGACAAGACUGGAACCUUUACCAAGGUCAAGGAGCCGCCCCUGGCCAUAGGUUCAAAGUGGGUGUUCUCUUGGAAGACGAAUGAGAACGACCUGAUGGUCGACUUCAAGGCCCGUAUGGUUGCGCGGGGUUUCUCUCAAAUCCCCAGCAUCGACUUCCACCACUCAUCCUCAGCGUGCCCGUCUGCAGCGUCUAUCAAGACGGUGAUUACCGUAGCCAGUGAAAAGGGCAAGAAACUCGCUCACUGGGAUGUGAAGCAAGCGUACAUCCACGCUAAGCUAAAAGAAGGAUUAUACCUCAGGUUCCCGGAAGGCUGUGGUAGUAUGUCCGGCAAAGUGGUCAAGGUUGAGCGUGCCCUGUAUGGCCUAAAGCAGAGUGGCCAUGAGUGGGGGUUUGAAGCUGCUGAUGCCCUCAUCGAGAAUGGAUACGAGCAGUGCAGGGUUGACCCGUGUGUCUUCCGGAAGGUGGUGGAUGGAGAGGUCGUAGGUCUCAUCGUGAUCUACGUUGAUGACAUCUUAGUGGCGGCAGACGAGGGAGAGCGAGAGGAGUUUUUCGCUUCCCUCAACAAGAAGUUUCCGGUGAAAGAUCUGGGGGAGUGUACCUGGUACGACGGGUAUGCUAUCGCCAUGGAUAUAGAAAAUGACAUCACCAGGCUGUCCCAGACAGCAUACAUUGAGAGUAUCCUGAAGCGGUUUGAUGUGACCACGACCGCUUUCACCCCUGCUGCCGCCGAUGCCGACCUAGGGCCGAAGAGAGAUGACGAGCCCGCGGUGGAUAAGCCUGUGAGGGAGGCGAUCGGAUGCCUGAUGUGGACGAAGCUGACGAGGCCAGACAUCGCCCUGCCUCUGAACAAGCUCCAGAAGAUCGNACGCAGGAAGCGUUGUGCCGGCGCGUCACCCGCGGCUGGAGCCUAG